AUGGUGUAUCUCCACGAGUACGACUACGUCUUCGCCAUCGGCACUCUAUUUGCCUUCCUUGAUGCCUACAACAACGGUGCCAACGAUGUGGCAAACUCCUGGGCGACCAGUGUUUCCUCUCGUUCCGUCUCCUAUAGACAAGCCAUGGUUCUUGGCACUAUCUUCGAGUUCCUCGGUGCAGUCACAGUCGGUGCUCGUACUGCCGAGACGAUCAAGAACGGUAUCAUUCCCAGCACAGCUUUCCAGGGCAAUGCCCCUGUUCAGAUGAUGGCCUUCACCAUCGCCCUGGCCGCCGCAUCGUCCUGGGUCAUGUGGUGCACCAAGCACUCGGCUCACGUUUCCUCGACCUACUCUCUCAUUUCGGCCGUUGCUGGUGUUGGUGUUGCGACUGUCGGUGCUUCGCAGGUUCAGUGGGGCUGGAACAACGGAAAGGGUCUGGGUGCUAUCUUCGCUGGUCUGGGAAUGGCACCCGUCAUCUCAGGUUGCUUUGGAGCCAUCAUCUUCACGCUCAUUAAGGUCGUCGUCCACAUGCGCAAGAACCCCGUUCCCUGGGCUGUCUACAGCUCUCCUUUCUGGUUCCUGAUCGCCGCCACCAUCUGUACUCUCUCUAUUGUCUACAAGGGCUCCCCCAACCUGGGCUUGAGCAAGAAGCCCGCUUGGUACAUUGUUGCUGUGACUCUGGGUACCGGAUUCGGUGUCUGCCUUCUUUCCAUCAUAUUUUUCGUCCCCUUCGUCAAAGCUCGCAUUCUCAACAAGGAUCACUCUGUCAAAUGGUGGAUGUUCAUUCUGGGUCCCCUGUUGCUCAACCGUCCGGUCCCUACCACUGGCGAGGCUGCCAAGGUUCCCAACUAUGCCGUCGUCCAGGAGGAUGAGGACUACGAAACCUCUACCCACGCCGGUUCCAUUGAUGAGGACGACAAGAACCCCCACACCAGCGACAAGGAGAAGCAGCUUGUCAAUGCUGAGUCUGCCCAGCUGAGCUACAAGGAAAUCAUGGCUCAGUCCGAGGAGCGCCACCGUCAAAAGCUUCUACAGAGCCGCGGACCCCUGGGUUGGGCGAUGCGCUUCCUUCGCGACAACCCCAUGGGAGCCGGUGAGAUCUACGAGCUCCGCAACAUGGCGACCUUCUUCAAGCGCAUCCCUCCAAUGAUCGUCUGCGGUCUUCUAUAUGGUGUUCACUACGAUAUUCACACUGCCCAGUCUGGUAUUGCCGGCACCCCCGAGGGUGAGCGUAUGAAGCGUGUCUAUGCCGCUGCCGAGAAGUACCCCAACGAGGUCGAGCACACCUACUCUUUCGUCCAGGUUCUCACUGCCUGCACUGCUUCCUUCGCUCACGGUGCCAACGAUAUCGGUAACUCCGUCGGCCCCUGGGCUGCUAUCUAUGCUGCCUGGUCGACUGGUGAGACCACUGCUGCCAAGGCCCCUGUCCCCGUCUGGCAACUGGCUGUUCUUGCUAUCUGUAUUUCUAUCGGUCUCUGCACCUACGGUUACAACAUCAUGAAGGUCAUGGGUAACAAGAUCACCUACCACUCCCCCAGCCGUGGUUCCUCUAUGGAAAUGGGUGCUGCCAUCACUGUCCUUGUGUUCUCUCAAUACUCCCUCCCUGUCUCUACCUCGAUGUGUAUCACCGGUGCCACUGUCGGCGUCGGUCUCUGCAACGGAUCCCUCAAGGCCGUUAACUUCCAGCGUGUUGGUCUCUUGUUGCUAGCCUGGAUCAUGACCAUCCCUAUCGCUGGUACUCUCGGUGGGUGCCUGAUGGGUCUGUUCCUUAAUGCUCCCCACUUUUAA